GAGCCGCAAACUGUCAGCGUUUCCGAGUGUCGAUGUUCGCAUGAAAGUGUGUUUUUGUUGUAUUAUCGCGAAGUUGUGUCUACGCGCGAUCGACGCGUUUCGAUUUCGCGUGCGCGAUCACGUCCGGACGAAAGAAUUCGAAGCGAAGAAUAAUCAUACGCUCCGUGUGGUUAUCACGGAUAAAUAAAUCGCGUCGGUAACAGAUAUUCGAUAUAUUUAUAUCGGCGGCGACGUGCGCGACUGACUUCAGUGCGUUACUGUUCGAUUGUUCGCUUCCGCAAGGUGCAACGAUACGACUUGCGACGAAAUACAAGCGAGAGAGAGAGAGCAAUAAUAAUAUAUAUAUCCUGUGAUAUCGCGUGGAUCGUGAGUGAUCAAGAAAUCGGAUUCGGGGAUUCGGAGCCGGUGUGAAUUGUCCCGGGCGCGGACAAUCUCGCGUGUGUAAAUCGUCGACGCGCGCGCGUGUAACGUGAUAGUACCAUAAUAUAGAACAUAACGUUUCACGCUCAAGCGCGUUCGUGUUGCACCUGGACCGUCAUUGAUGCGAGUAAAACGUGAUCUCUCGAGACGACAAUCGAUUGAGAGAGAGAGAGAGAGAGAGUAUCGAACCGGAUGGACGACUUCGUUCUUCCGCGAUUGAAAAAUUGUGUGGAAACAAAGUGCGUAAGUACAUACUUAUCAUUCAUUAGUGAAACGCGCGCUGGUGCGCGCUUCUUCUGGUGAUUUGUGAGAAAACAAAGAAGAAGCGACACGAGAAAAAAAAGGAGGGAAAGAAGAAGAGAGAGAGAGAGAAGAGAAGAGACGCACGCGGUGUGUCACGGCAAGGUUACGGUUUGCUGCUCCAAAGAAGAAGGAAAUCGGAAGCCGCUAUAUUGGAGAAGAAGCGGGAAAGCGGCGUGCCGCUCUUCUGUGUGCCGCGGCAGAGGCGUUCGUCCCAGCCUGAAAACAAUGAAGAGAUGAUCGCGAGUCUGCCAAUCAACGGCGGCGGCAGUGGAGGGCCGGUGAGCCACCGCGUGGGUCGUGGAUUGGCCUUACACAGGUCCAAUUCCAGCUUGGAGCUUCCUCACAGUCCGGAUCCCGCAUCUCGAGUGCCAGAAACGCCUCUCAGGAGAGAGUAUGGGUCUCACGGGAGCAUCGACAUAGUGGCGCAGUCCAUCACGACCGGCGAGAAUUUCUUCGCCAUGCUGCAGGACUUCCGACCCCCGGAGCAACGCGGUCCUGUUGCGGGCGAUUAUCUGCGUCGCGUUCAUCAGCAGGACGGAGUUACUGUUCAACAGCUCGACGACGUCGACGGCGGGGCGAGUGGCGCCGGUUCCAGUCCGAAACAGCGACUGAAGUUGAACAGAUUGUGGGGCGGUAAGCCGCCGCGAACGAUGGAGGAAUCGUGCACCAGCCCGGUGGCGUCGGCCGACGUGGAGGAGCGACAUCGGAGACGAGCGUUCGCCCAUUACGACUGUCAGUCGUUGACGGCGAAUCUGAGCUACGCCGCGAGACUCAGGGGAAUUCUUUUGGCCAAGAGAAGAAACACGGCCACCGGAGCGUCAGCCGCUAGCGCUCUGAGAGCCGCCACCCCCGACGAGACUCCCGAGGAUGACGCCGGCGAUGGAAAAGGUAACGACCUGCUGGAGCCGUGUCCCUUCUUUCGCAACGAAAUCGGAGGCGAGGGGGAACGCGAGGUCGGUCUUACUCGCUUCUCUCAGGGUAACGGGAUUCAUCGGCCAUCGUUGUCUUACGGAGUGUCCGUCUUGGAACCGCUACCCGGCGAGACCAUGUGGAAGCAUACUUGUCCACUGCAGAAGCGACCACUGCCAAUCGAGAGCGUCGACGAAGGAGCUUACUAUUACCGGCGAUACUUUCUCGGACGAGAACAUCAAAACUGGUUCGGCAUGGAUCCGCAACUGGGACCAGUGGCCAUCAGCAUUCGCAAGGAUGUCAAUCAGUAUCGCGUGAUCGUGCGCACGUCGGAGUUGCUGACGUUGCGGGGUUCCGUACCGGAGGAGGCUCUUGGCAUCAGGCUGCAGGGUCGGCAACCCACCAGGGAGCUUCUUGAGCUGAUCGCGCCGGAAGUCCAACUGAGUUGCCUGAGGCUCGGCACGCCUGCCGCCGAGGACGCGCUGACCAAACUGGACGAGCAAAUGCUGUCCAACACGUACAAAGUUGGCGUUCUGUACUGCCGAACCGGCCAGAGGACCGAGGAGGAAAUGUACAACAAUCAGCACGCCGGACCGGCUUUCCUGGAGUUCCUGGACACUAUCGGCCAAAGAAUAAGACUGCGAGGAUUCGAGGGCUACAAGGCUGGACUGGACACCAAAAACGACUCGACGGGCAUGCACGCGGUAGUGGCGACGCAUCGCGGUGCGGAAGUCACCUUUCACGUGUCUACCAUGCUACCUUUCACGCCUAACAACCGGCAGCAGUUGCUGAGGAAGAGGCACAUCGGAAACGACAUAGUAACGAUAGUUUUUCAGGAACCCGGCGCGUUGCCGUUCAGCCCGCGAAGAAUACGUUCGCAUUUCCAACACGUAUUCAUCGUCGUGCGGGCCAUAAAUCCCUGCACCGACAACACGCAGUACAGCGUGGCGGUGUCCAGAAGCAAAGAAGUGCCAAUUUUUGGCCCACCUGUUCCGCAAGGCGCUACGUUCACUAAGGGAAAGGCUUUCGCGGACUUUAUACUGGCCAAGGUCAUAAACGCCGAAAACGCAGCUCACUGGUCUGAGAAAUUCGCUACGAUGGCUACAAGAACGAGACAAGAAUAUUUGAAGGAUCUAGCUACGACCCCGACUUACAUUACCACCACAGUCGUCGAUACCGGUCAGAAAUUCUCAAUGCUCUCCUUCAGCAGUAAGAAGAAGAUCACGGUACGACCGAGACUUUCUUGCGACGCGUCGCAGCGCGGUGCGAUUUGCUGGCAGGUCAUACUCGAGGACAGUAAUCAGAACACGGAUUGUUACUUGGGCAUAAGCAUAGACACCAUUGUGCUGAUCGAGGAACACUCGAGACAGAUAGUAUUCGUUACUCCCUGCGCGAGCGUGCUCGGAUGGCACGCUCAAACAAACAGUUUGAGAUUGUAUCAUCAUCAAGGCGAGUGCAUUACCAUACACGUACGCGGUGAUUAUGGCGAGAGGGACGAGUUAAUGGAAAUUGUGGCUCGACUGCGCGCCGUAACUCAAGGCGCACCGGCCUCGGAGUUAUCGUUGAAGAGAAACAGUCUGGGACAAUUGGGUUUCCAUGUUCAACCGGACGGUGUUGUAACGCAAGUCGAAAGCAUGGGCCUCUCGUGGCAGGCUGGUCUAAGACAGGCCUCCAGGUUGGUCGAGAUCUGUAAGGUGGCUGUGUCGACCUUGAGUCACGAUCAAAUGGUCGAUCUGCUGAAAACCAGCGCCCAGGUUACGAUUACCGUUAUACCACCGAACAACGACGGAAAUCCAAGAAGAGGCUGCACGUUGCAAAACUGUCAUUAUCUAUCGAACAAUUACGAGGGGGAUUACGAGAAUGUAACGAGCGCGGAUAAUACACCGAGUCAACAAACGGCGAUGUCGCAUCAACGACGAUAUGAUCGAUCGUUCAGCCCGCCGCGAUCGAGCAACAGCUCCGGGUACGGUACUGGAUCGAGCUCUAGAUCGUUCAACGAUCCACGGUUUCCGUUGGAGGGUACAAUGACUAGCAGCAGUAGUGGACACAGUAGUGCUGAUGAUCGUUGCGUUUUUUGUUUUAGGUAUGAACUUCUAGAGCCGCAGGAUCAAGACGGCAAUCAUCGCGCGAACGGCACGCCGCCACCGUUGCCGGCGCGACAGAAUUACCAAGUUGUGACACCUAGCAAAUCCAGUCAGAAGAAAGACAAGUCUCAUUACGCGAGCGCCAAACAACUCGCGGACGCGAGUUCGAAGCACCGCGACCACGGUCACGAGCAUUACACGAAGGAAAUUAAUUACGUAUCGUCGAAAAUGCUGCAGGAAAACGCGCGACACGAGAACUAUCAGCGACAAAUGGACAACGCGCAUCGCAAUUCGGAUCACGUUACGACGAAUUAUGUCAAGCUACAGAAAGAGCGUUACGAGAUCAAGCAGGAGAAUCUGUACGCGUCUCAGAGAGAACUUCACAAGAACGACGCUCAACAUCACGGAAGUGGUCAUCAGAAACUGAACGCAUCGAAUUCACUGCCAUUGGCGCACAACGCCGUUUACAGUCUGCCAAAGUCGGGUAGCAAUAACAAUCUCGGUAGGUACAACGAAUACGAGCAGUGCGGCGGUAAAUACGAUUACGAGACGCCUACGAAACCGGACAGAAGUUCCAAAUACGAACUGCAAGAGGAGAAAAUGAUGGAACGACUGUCGGCCAAGUACGAACACGAUGCGCGUAAUCAUUCCGCGAAGAGGAUCGGCUACGAUUAUUCGGAGGACAUUUACGAAAGAAGAAAUAGCAAGUACGAUAUAGAAUUGGUUAAGUACGAUAUGGAGUGCCAGCACGUUAGCAACGAGAGAAAACGCAGCAACGACAGCAACUGCGAGCACAAUCGGGAAUCCAUUAAAUACGAGAUACCGCACGAUUUCAAAGUGGGCGAGAAGGUCACCUGUUUGAAAACCAGUAUAUCGGAGCGACCUGUGCCGCACAAGGUAAGCGUCGAGUAUCGACAGACGAAGGACUUUCCGGCGAGUUUGCCACCGGAAGUGCGGAUCGCGGACCUCAAUUGUCCCGAAGUGACAGGUCUACCCAGCGAGGACGAACUGUCGAACGGAUCCGGCAGCGUGUCACCCAGACUACGACGGGCCAACAAGCAUCGCGGUGGAAAUCGCACUCCUUCCAGCGGCGGUUCCAGGAAUCAAAGUCCUAGACCGAAGCCGGGAAUGAGGAAUUCCCAUCGAAACUCUGCGAAUCUGACGUCCAGCACGUUGCAGGAGGAUCUUAUGAGACUGAUUAAUCCCGACUACAUUUCCGACGACAAUCAUAUCGUCAAUAACAAUCUCGUGAACAGCGUGAUGAAUCCCAAUCAAAAUUCGAACAAGAUAAACAACAAUAUGCUGGAGAUUCAGAACAGAUGCCGAUCUAGAGAGAACCUGUGCGGCAAUAGCGCAUCAACUUUAAGCGUUUUACCGUCAAACGGACAAGAAAACGGCAAUAACGGCUCGGAAGUGAUCUUAACGAUGGCCAGACCUGCCACAGUGAUCUCCAAUGCCAGCACUGCCUCGAGUCCAGCGCCGAGCGAGAAUAAGUUAUCAAAAGAAGAAAGAUUAUCUCCACGAGUUACAAAACCGCUUCAUUCGAUCUCAAAACCGCACAGCAAUUUAACGCCAAUCAAAGACACGAAGAAUCACAACGACUCGAUUGUGGAUUGUUGGAAGAAUCAACUUUCAGAUCCCAAUAGAUCGACGAAGCAACAUCCUCAAGAAUGGCCCGACGACAGACUCAUUGACGGGUGCAACGCAAACGCGAAUUCCGUUUCGGACUUGCAGUCACAUUUAUCCACUCUCGAGUUGAGAAUGGAGAGAGAGAAACUCUUGCGACUCUCAUUGGAGGACGAGGUGCGGCGUCUGCGCGACGAGAAUCGACGUUUGCAGGAGUUCGAGAACCUGCGGCUCUCCUUGGAGGACGAGAAUCGUCGUCUGAAGGACGAGAAUCACGCAGCCGCGCAGCAACUACGACGUUUCACGGAAUGGUUCCAGCAAACAAUGGAUCGUCAGUAAUCCGAUGUACUGACACACGAAGCAUAUAAAAAAAAUAAUAUAAAUUUUUUUUUUUAAGUAUAUUUUAUCACACCUAGUAAUGGCAUCGAACGUUGAAUCAUCAGGAGAGAGAGACGCGGUAAUUCAGUAAAUUUAUAUAUAUUUAAAAAACAUAAUUAUUAAUUAUUAAAAUAUAAUUAUUAAUAAUUAUUUUUGACUCAAUCGUUGUAUUGUUUUUGCAUUUACUUUAUCCGCGUUCUCUUUUUUUUCUUUCUUUUUUUUAUUUUUGCUCGAUUCGGAGUAUAUGAUCUUUGUAGGUAUUACAGUAUUAACGCGACUUUGGCUUGAUUAAAUAAAUAAAUAUAUAUACAUAUAUAUAUAUAUAAAGAUAUUACACGUUAGAUCGCGAUCGAAAACAGUUGUCGCAAGGGAUUUGAUCCGUGAGUAGAAUAACAAAAAAGUAUUUCAUUCGCAAUUUUGUUUGGCGAUCUUCUUGUAUCAUAUAAUAUUAACAUAUUAUUCGCGUUAGUUUAUAUAUAUAUAUUCCGAUUAUAAAGUAUAAGUUACCAUCGUACGUACGUAUCUUUCGUUUCUCCUCCGUUCGAGGACUCGAUGUGUUGAUCAGCAAAAACUGUUUAGAUUAGCUUGAAACAUUUUUGUUUGUUGUUUUUUUUUUUUUUUUUUAUUUUCUUUUUAAGAAAAACAAUCAUCUCUGUGUAUUAAAACUAGAUGUUUAAUUUUACAAAAGAGACCAAAUGACCAAAUAUUACUAGAACUGAGAGAACUACUUUAAAUUCUGUAAUUUAUUACGCCCUUUUACAUUAAUUGUUUACUACUAGCGUUACUAAGACGAGAGCGUCGCUAGGACGCUUUCUAUCCCUCCCCCCCCUUUCCGUGUUUGAAUUUCUCCUUUGUAAUAAACAUAACACACACAAUUCAAGAGAGAUAUCUCAGCUACACACGAUGUAACGAAGGUGACAUUUACUGAGCAGUAUAAACCGAUUUAAUAAAAAGAAAAUGUAUACUUUAAAAAACAUUUUUGUAUUUA